ACCUUAAUGUGAGUAUUGAACCAGUUAUUUAACUAUUACGAUAUUUUUCGUCAUCAACAAGUAUUUUAUAUUAAAUUUAUAUGAGUUUUUUGUCGAUAUAUUUUGAUACUAACAUUGAAUCUUGCCAAAGAUAGAAUAUGUCAUGAGUAGUCCGCCCUUCAUUUUAUCUCACUGUAGUGGGGAGGAGUGUUGGAAGGAUUGUUGUGUGAUAUUACAGCGUUUGAUGGUGCAACAUCAAGAUAGAAAAAUGUCACUUUGAAAUAACGCUUCUGAGCGUGGUCGAACAUUUGAGCAUCGUAAUGCGUCUAGCAUUUGUACAAGCAUAUGUGGAUUCAGCGGGCUACUAAUCAACGAAGUACUUAUAGUAAUUUACUUACCUGGUGCGAGGAAUAAUAUGUCAAGACCGAUGAGUGACGAAAGUCAUCCUCGGACCUUGUACGUCGGUAAUCUGGACGCUUCCGUGUCAGAAGAACUGCUGUGUACCUUGUUCGCGCAUAUCGGUCCCGUCAAAGGCUGCAAAAUCAUUCGUGAGCCCGGAAAUGACCCUUACGCAUUUCUGGAGUUUACGAAUCAUCAAGGGGCUGCUACAGCCCUUGCUGCUAUGAACAAGAGGCAAUUUCUGAACAAGGAAAUGAAGGUAAACUGGGCGACAUCUCCAGGUAAUCAACCUAAACAAGACACUAGUAAUCAUCAUCACAUUUUUGUAGGGGAUCUGAGUCCUGAAAUUGAAACACACACACUUCGGGAAGCUUUCGCGCCAUUUGGAGAAAUCUCUAAUUGCAGGAUUGUUAGAGAUCCGCAAACUUUAAAAUCUAAAGGUUAUGCGUUUGUUUCAUUUGUGAAAAGAGCAGAAGCAGAAAAUGCAAUCGCGGCGAUGAAUGGUCAGUGGUUAGGAAGCCGCAGCAUUAGAACAAAUUGGUCUACAAGAAAACCUCCACCUCCUAGAAACGAAAGGCCGCGUCAUGCGAAUAAUAAAUUGCACACAUUUGAUGAAGUGUACAACCAGUCAAGUCCAACUAAUUGUACAGUCUACUGUGGAGGUUUCAGUAGUGGUAUAACAGAAGAACUCAUGCAGAAAACUUUCUCACCAUUUGGAACGAUACAAGAUAUUAGAGUUUUCAAGGACAAGGGAUAUGCUUUCAUCAGAUUCUCAACUAAAGAAUCAGCAGCACAUGCCAUUGAGGCCAUUCACAAUACAGAAAUUAAUGGUCAGACAGUUAAGUGUUUCUGGGGAAAGGAAAGUGGUGAUCCAAAUCAUGCUCAGGCUGGAAUGGGCCAGCCAGCAGCAGGUGGAGCACAGUAUCCAUAUACUUAUGGUCAGCAAAUGGGUUAUUGGUAUCCACAGAGUUACCAAGCAGCUGCACAAAUGCAGGGACAGUAUCUUCAAGGAAUGCAACCGGGUUAUCCAUAUGGUGGUGGGCAGUUUGGCUAUAGCCAAGGCUACAUGACAGCAGGCAGAAUGGGUGUGCAACUACCGACAGCUACUUGGCAGGGAGUUCCAGCUCAGCCACCAGUCCCUCCUCAGCAAAUGCCUCAAGGAACUGCUAUGCAACAGCCUGGGGCUGGCAUGGUGGCAUACACAAUGCAGCAGUUCCCAACGCAGUGACGUGGAAUUUGUAUAAACUUGGUAAACUGCUGCUGCACAGAAAAAAAGAGUAUCUUGUUUAUAAGCAGAGGUCUGCAUAAUGCUACUCAACCAGCUCUUGCCUUAAGAGAGGGAUGGGAACAUGGUUUUGCUUCUUUUCCAGUAACAAAUGCAAGAUCAUUUCGUAGUAUGUGCAAACUCGUGUUUAUAGUUGGUUUUUGCAACAAACUAAUGGUGUGUAUUAUUAAAAGUGGAGAACAAUAUUGCAUCUGACAGGCACCUUACCAUUGGCCAUGACUCCACUGCAGGACUAAAGCAGACAUGUUCUGUUCAGUAGCAACAUUCAUGGCAUAUAGUGUUCUGUUUUAAAAAGUAAAAAAAAAAAAUCAUAAAAGAUGUGUUUACUGAAGAUAGAUGUAAAAAGUGAUAAGAUUUUGUAGAUUUGCUAGAUGACAACAGCAUUUUGUAUGCUCUCAUGGAGCCCCCAAGAUUUUUCUUUUCUGGAUUCAAAUGUCACUGGCAGGAUGCUGUUUGUAAGUGAAAAAUUUUCUACUUUUAAAUAUGUUUGUGAACUAUUUAAUUAUGUAACAUUGAAUAGACUGUGCUGUCAUUGCAUUCCACAUAAGAUGCUCAGAAUUUGUGUGUAAAACUAUUGAUGGGAUGAUUUGUAAAUUGGAAACAACUAUUGUUUACACAUCAGACUUCCUGCAAAUUGUUUAUUUAGUGUAGAUUUGGAGUUUUAAUUUUGUACUGUGUCCUGCUGGUGUUAACACCAUACAACUGAUCAGCGUGUUGUAUUCUUAGCUUUAAGUUAAACAUGUCACAUGAGUAUGUAAUGCUGUUGUUUGAAUCCAAGCAGCUAACUUGAUUCACUGAUUGUUAUAAUAAAAUAUUUGGGUCUGGGUGAAAAUUGUGUACAUAUUAACAGAUUCAGUAACUGUAAACUCCUGUUAUCCUAGUUUGCACCAUUCUGGAAUUUUUGUUUAAAUUUUUUUCAAUAUGCAUAUUACAUGUCAUAAAUUUUGAAACUGUUUUGUAUAUUAUUGCCACUGCCAGUAUUGCAGUUGUAAACAGUGAAGAAUACACUUUAUAUGUCUAGUGUAUGGUGUCAUUGUGUAGUUUUCAGCAACAACUUUGUUAAAAAGUUUUAAUCAGAACUUGUGAAUAGAGCAAAAUUUGUUAAAAGUUA